GGUCUCUGAUUGUGUUGCUACCCUGUGUUCCCGUGCAGGUUUGAUGGCGGAUAAGGAGGAGAAGCCUGUGGGAGAGGAGGACGACGAGACAGACCUGAACUACACUCCACCAGCCCAGAAGAGCCUGCAGGAGAUACAGGAACUAGACAAGGAUGAUGAGAGUCUCAGGAAAUACAAACAGACUCUACUAGGAGCUGGACCAGUGGUGGCAGACCUGACCAUUCCCAAUGUCCAGGUCACCAGACUGACCCUGAUGUGUGACCAAGCACCUGGCCCCAUCACCAUGGACCUCUCAGGUAAAUACCACUCCUUUAUCCCUAUCCAUCCUUUUCUCUAUCAUAUCUCACCACUAUCUCACCAUCCUCCAUCCCUCUCCUGCCCUCACUAUGUCACCAUGGACCUCUCAGGUAAAUACCACUCCUUUAUCCCUAUCCAUCCUUUUCUCUAUCAUA